AAGGGUUCUACAAAACCCUUUCGAUUCGGCUGUCAUUUGUCCAAAAAAGCAAUAUAAACAUACAUACUUUUUUAGACUAUAAAAAUUGAAAAGUUACCUUUGGAGACACUCAGGACAAGGAGAUAGAGGUUUCGUCCGGUUAAUAAAAUGGCAGCCACACGUCGUCUGACCCGAGAACUCUCCGAUCUGGUCUCGGCUAAUAUGAGUACAGUGAGGAACAUAGAGAGCAGCGACGAGUCCUUGCUGCUCUGGACGGGCCUUCUGGUACCGGAGAAGGCUCCAUACAACAAGGGCGCUUUCCGCAUCGAGAUAAGCUUCCCUCCGCAAUACCCUUUUAUGCCACCCAAGAUCCUGUUCAAGACCAAGAUCUAUCACCCCAACGUCGACGAGAAGGGCCAGGUGUGUCUACCCAUAAUCAGCUCUGACAACUGGAAGCCCACCACGCGCACGGAACAGGUUCUGCAGGCCCUGAUAGCCAUCAUCCAUGACCCGGAACCUGAGCAUCCGUUGCGUUCCGAUCUGGCCGAGGAGUUCGUCCGGGAGCCCAAGAAGUUUCUGAAGGCAGCCGAGGAGUUCACAAAGAAGAAUGCCGAGAAACGACCCGAGUGA